AUGCUCAACCCCAACCCCAGCCCCUCUCCCCCCCAGCUGCGCCCCUUGUUCAUCAUACUAUUCUGCCUGUGGCUCACAACAACCAUACACUACGCCCACAAUUACCUGCGCGCAGAAGAUUAUCCGCCAGUCCCCGGAAUCUACACCUCCGCGCGGGCGUAUCGCAUCGGCAUCACCAUCUCUUAUCCUUUUUACACCUUUUGUGGCAUCCGCGGCUACCAUCUGUAUAAGCCCGGAAACCUACAGACGGCUCUUAUCUACCUCGCAAGUUAUGCGUCGCUAGGGAUCCGCACACCAGCCCAUUUCUUUGGCGGCGUGCCCCAGAUCCCAUGGUUCUGGUUCCUCACCAAUUUUACCGACUUCUUUGCUGGGCUGGCGUUGGCGGUUUUCUGUUACAAGACAUAUGUCUCGAACACAAGGUUCUGAUGAAAAGUGAUGUGAAUGUGCUUGGUUCGGUUUUAUAUGUGGGCCGCUCCAAGUGUGUAUGGAUGUCCGUUUUGCUGACUUGGCAACUGGUCAAGAAGCUACACCGUACAUCUUGACUCACUCACAGCACUAUUCUAU